AUGUAUGUGACACGUUCUGUUUCUCACUAUAAGAGCAAUCCCGAAGACCUUUAUUUAACUCCCGAGGGUCCAAACUCGGGUUUUUUGGUAAUCCAAGACAAAGAAUCCGAAACAUACUCAUGGUUUGGGCUAUGGAAGAACAAGUAUCUUCCGGGGUUGCCCUUUCCUCAAAACAAAACAUUGACGACACGCUAUUGUGUAAAUCAUCAAUAUGUUUGUUACAAUGAUGUUGUCUUUAUUCCGGUCCUUAAUCAGCCAUUAUCUGCAAAUCGAUACUAUGCCAUUAAAUCACAUGGAUCACAUAAAGGGGAAGCGUAUGAAUGUUCAAAAGAGGAAAACAUGGCUUCGUGUUGGUUUUUCAAUUGUGUUAGAGAUGUAAAACCACGACCGUUGGACCCAAAAGACGUGUACCAGCAAUUUGAGAUUGUUCCUUGCAACUCAAUCUGUAAAUUUAAUUGCAGCUUUUAUGCUAAAUCUCUUGCAAAUGAUGGAUAUCCUCCAUGUUUCCUUAGGAGAAAAACUUGGGAAAUUUAUUCUAAAACACCGAAAAACUAUGAGUUACGUGAAGCAAAAGGAAUUGACGAUGCCUUUCGUUCGCGUCUCCCUGAUAUGGAUUUUCCGAUCUCUACCAAAUCUUCUAAACCAGUGGUUGUUGGCAAGUGGUAUUGCCCUUUCAUGUUUAUCAAAGAAGGAAAGUUGUCCGACCAGAUGAAAAAGUCUAUUUAUUAUGAGAUGACGCUAGAGCAAAAUUGGGACCGAAUUUUCGAACAAGAAAACAAGACCAAUGAGGGAAAUGUCGUUUCUAUGAAAGCUUCGUUUCGUAGUGAAGCGGUUUUCAUAGGCGAGAGCCAAAAGGAGGGAAUAUGGGACGGGAAAAACGUUGUGGAUGGAGCUGUAUGGUUUACGCCUCUUGAGGGUGAUAUUGAGAAAAAAGUAAGUGUAGGGUUGAAUAUAGAAAUUAUUGAAAGAAUGAAGUGGGAAGAAGAAAAGGUUGGAUGGUUUGAUGGUGGAGAAAAAAGAAUGGAGAAGGUGAAAAGAGAAGACACGUAUGAAGGGGGUGGUGUGUGGAAGAGAUUUGGUUGCUAUGUUUUGGUUGAAAGGUUUAUGCUCAAAAGAAUGGAUGGAAGCUUGGUUUUGGCAUAUCAAUUUGGUCAUGCCCACCAAAUUAAAUCCAUAUUUGAAUAAGUUAAUAUCAUGGGUGUGUGAGUGUUUGUGAUAAGAUUACUACUUAUAUAUUAUGUACUCGUAUUACAUAUGUAGCUUUGAUGUGCCAUCUUAAAUACGCCCUUUUGUAA